CCUCGCCUUUGCCGCGUCAAUGGAAGCCUUCAAAAAGCUUCUCUUUCCCCCAGUUCGUGCUCCGACUCUCAUCAAUCCCAAGGGAACGGCGGGCGGCGGGCGGGGGAAUAAUGCUGGGGAAAGUGAGGGCAUCGUCGAUGAGCUCGCUGGAACAGCUGGAGAUGGAAAGGCCGCCCUCCAAGGCCGUCAAGCACGAUACCCUCUCCAUCUACGAAUCCACCCUUCUCAAACUUAAACAAGGUUCUCGUUGUAACCAAGAAGACCCCGCCGCGAUGGACACAUGCGCCAUCACCGGCUCUCCUGAGACUGUUAUGCUGAGUAAUGCCAGCUGCAGCUCAGCUGAUUCAUGCACAACUCCUAGUCCUAGUUUUCAAUCUACGGAAUCUUCUAAAGAGUCGCAGAGUCAGAACAAGUCUAUCUUGUAUUUUUUUACAAAAUACAACAACUCAAAGGAAGUGCCGAAGAUCUCAAGUGGAAAUGAGGCAAUGGCUGUCGAGGUUCUAGAUUAUUACCCUUCUUCAUGCAGCACUUCAACUGCAUCCAGCGGUUGAAUCCUGCAUUACUUCUAGGGUCAAGAAAUCUAUUUGAAGGAGGCUAAAAGUGUUUCACUUUGACAGCCCACACUUCAGAUUGCUGGGAUAUGUUGUAAACCACUAGUCUUGUACGAUGUAUUAUUCUAUAUUUGGUAGUUUUCGAUAUUUUUUUCACGAUUGCUGUGCUGGGGUGUUGUGUACUGCCCAUACAGUUUGUAAUUGAUCUGAUUGUGCAAAAGCAAUGGGAUUCAAAACAAUGAGAUAUUAAUCCAACAAGAACUUAGAUAA